CUCUACUCUUUUACUCCCCCCCACCCUCCAAAAAAAACUUAUUUUCAGUUAAUCAUGGCUUCAACUUCACGUGUACUUCUCCGGCAAUGAACCAUGGGCUUUUUCCGGGGACUCUUCGGCGCCAAAAAGUCCGACAAAACCCGCUCCAAUAAAGAACGGAGGCGUUGGAGCUUUGCUAGAUCUUCCAAUCCCACGUCUUCAACUUUCCAUACAGAUGAUGCAUGCGGUGACACGUUGUAUGCCAACAAGCACGCCAUAGCAGUGGCAGCCGGUACAGCUUCUGUAGCCGAGGCUGCUCUCGCGGCCGCGCAUGCGGCUGCAGAGGUCGUUAGACUGACAACAAGUAGGGGUGGCAAUGGCAGCAACCAACGCUUCUCACGGGAUGUGGCGGCUGCCAGGAUACAAUCCGCUUUUCGAGGUUAUCUGGCACGGAGGGCACUGAGAGCCUUGAAAGCAUUGGUGAAGCUUCAAGCGCUAGUGAGAGGCCACUUGGUGAGAAAGCAAGUGGCAGACAUGCUCAGACGUAUGCAGACAUUGGUCCGACUGCAAGCUCGAGCCCGUGCUAGUCGUGCACAUGUGACAAAGUCUUUAGAUUCUGUCGUCAAGAUGUCGAAAGUUACACAAAAUGCUUAUUACUUGCAGGUCCAAGCAACUUCUGGAAAACAUGAAUGCCAACUCCAUGCUUAUUAUACUAAAUCUGAUAGGCUCUCGAUCUUAAAGAGAAGUGGUUCAAAUUCAAACCUGAGGGACAUCAUUGGUAUAGAGAAAGCACAGAUGGGUUCGAAUUGGUUGGACCAUCGGACAGAGGAAAGCUUAUGGAACAACCGUAGAGAUGGUCCAUUUAGCUGUAGGCAUGUUGAUGUUGAGAAGAGUAACAAAAUUCUUGAAGCUGAAACUUGGAAACAUCACUUGAACUCCCAACAGAGUCGCAAGAAUUUUACGUCAUCUCAGCAUUAUUCAACUUUGGAUUAUAACCCGAGCUUUACGGCAUACGAUUCCCCAAGAAAACCAUUCGGAAAAGCUUCAAAUCUGAUACCAAAUAUCUCUUCAGCAGAAGUUUUCUCAUUAAACUCCAUGAAAUAUCCUGGAGGGAAGGAUGAAGCAGUUCUAAGAACAGCUGCCAACAGCCCACAAGUGCAUUCUGCAUCAUCUAGACCUGGAAGCAGUGCACGGAGAAGCCCUUUUACACCAACAAGGAGUGAAUUCUCAUGGGGAUGUUUAAGUGGAUAUUCCGGUCACCCAAAUUACAUGGUGAACACUGAAUCAUCCCGGGCUAAGUAUCGGUCCCGGAGUGCCCCAAGGCAGAGGCUUGAGUUCGAAAAAUAUGGUUCAACCCGAAGAACUUCUCAGGAGUUGUGAUUUUCCUCAUAAUGUUGACUUCAGGUACAUGACUCGUCCGACAUCCAACCGCUCGUAUCAUCCUGGUAGUGCCGACCAAA